AUGAAUUCUGAUUCGAGCUCUGUCUCCAGCAGAGCUUCAUCGCCGGACAUGGAUGAGAUGUAUCUGAGGGAACACCACCACCGCCACCACCACCACCAGGAGAGCCGUCUCAACUCGGUCUCCUCCACGCAGGGCGACAUGGUGCAGAAGAUGCCCGGGGAAAGCCUCUCGCGGGCCGGCGCCAAGGCCACCGGCGAGAGCAGCAAGUACAAAAUCAAGAAGCAGCUGUCGGAGCAGGACCUACAGCAGUUGAGGCUGAAGAUCAACGGUCGGGAGCGCAAGCGGAUGCACGACCUAAACCUCGCCAUGGACGGGCUGCGAGAGGUCAUGCCCUACGCGCACGGGCCCUCGGUGCGCAAGCUCUCCAAGAUCGCCACUCUCCUGCUGGCCAGAAACUACAUCCUCAUGCUCACCAGCUCCCUGGAGGAGAUGAAGAGGUUGGUUGGCGAGAUCUACGGGGGCCACCACUCUGCCUUCCACUGCGGGACCGUGGGCCACUCGGCCGGCCACCCCGCGCACGCCGCCAACGCGGUGCACCCCGUGCACCCCAUCCUGGGCGGCGCGCUCUCGUCCGGCAACGGCUCGUCGCCGCUGUCCGCCGCCUCGCUGCCGGCCAUCGGCACUAUCCGACCUCCCCACUCGCUGCUCAAGGCGCCCUCCACGCCGCCCGCGCUGCAGCUGGGCAGCGGCUUCCAGCACUGGGCCGGGCUGCCCUGCCCCUGCACCAUCUGCCAGAUGCCGCCGCCGCCGCACCUUUCCGCUCUCUCCACCGCCAACAUGGCUCGGCUGUCGGCCGAGUCCAAGGACUUGCUCAAGUGA